AUGACGAUUUUCGGUCACCAAGGUUUGGUGGCGGUACACGUGCAUGGUGACUUAGAGGUGGAUGUGGAGACGCAUCUACCAAGGCUCGGUGAUAUCACACCCCCUGCGAGAUGGGAAGGCAUUCAGUGCACCGAUUCGGGUCAUGUAGAUUCGAUCUCCGUGAAGAAUCUCGCAGGGGAUGUGAUAUCACCGAGCCUUGGUAGACUGCAGUUCGUUAGAAUCAUCGAUCUCGAGUCUGGGAAGCUGCGAGGACAGAUCCCUCCGGAGCUGGCAAAUUGCUCCCGGCUUGAGACCCUGAACCUCAUGAACAACGAGUUAUCCGAAGGGCUUCCGGGCGAGCUUGGAAAUUUGACUGCGUUGUCGAAAUUGCUGGUCUCCAGAAACAAGCUGGGGGGAGAGAUUCCCCGUUCGAUUGCAGCUAGUCCAAGCCUGUCUAUUUUCAACCUCAGUGCGAACUAA